GAAACUAAACGCUAAAAUGCCGAUACGAGCGGAGAAUAAAACAUCACAGCAUGUCGAUAGCAUGUUUAUAGACACGUGCACAUUAUUUAAAGAACGUCGUAGGUUAUAUUUAUGAAUAUUAAAGUAUUGUGAUACCACUGAAGUACCGUCAUUUUGUGUCUUUAAUAAAUAAAACGUAUGAGAUUUACGCUGAUGUCCCACGCUUGCGUUGUUGGCGUUAUAUAGGGGUACGGCAGCUACAUGGGUUGAUUUAUUUUGUGGUCUCCAACAAAUGGGCAGAGAUAUUCUUAAAGGGCUCAUCGGGUGAAAAUGCGAAUUUGUCCGUGUUUAAAUGCCACAAUCGCGCGCCCGGUGUAUCUAGCAACUCAGAAAACGUGAAAAACGAGAUCCCAGUAAGUAUUUAGAUGAGCCUUUCCCUGCAAGCAUGUGAGAAAUCGAGCCGUUCAGAUUUCCCCCUUGUAGUGACGUAGAGGGAGGCUCUUUUUAUAAUGUUACCGCCCCUUAAUCUACACAAUUCCCCCCACGCGCCAUUGUUGAUUUCUCGAGCGCCAGCGGUGCACGUUACGUCAUGGCUAAAGUUCGUGCACAACAUGCGAACUGUAAUGUAGUUGCCUGCACAGACGAACACAAGUCUUUGUUUAGAGUCCCAACCUCGGAAAAGACGAGACAGGAGUGGAUUCGUUUUAUUUUUGGCGGAAACCCGCCGGAACGCAUAAGUAAAAACCUCCACGUGUGCGCGAAUCACUUCAAGCCAGAAUGCUUUACGAACCUCGGGCAGUACAACGCAGGGUUAGCUUCGAAGUUGUUGCUCAACGUGGGAACAAGACCAACUGAACGAGGCAACGCUGCAGGUGGAAAAAAUGCAAGCACAUCUGAACAAUUGACCAAGGUGCAUCAUGUGGCCUGUCAGACAGACGCACCAAAAUUGUGCACAGUUGCCACCCAGCUGUCUAUAAAAACCUUACGACCUCGUUACCAAAGCAAAGGCACACAGACAACUCUGUUACGCACUGAGGUUGGUGUUGACACCUUGCAACCACUCCCGUUAUUGACACCGAUGAAGAGGGCUAGUAAGAGACCUCGCUUAGAGAUGGAGGAUGAAGAGGUGGACACUACGGGACGCAGCUCAAGUGCUAACAUUGAAGAGCCGAGUGAUUCUGCAUAUGAUCCUGCAGACUCUGUCGCAACUUUGACGGAGCCAUCGGAUAUAACAAUGGACUCCUCUAAGCCGGCUCAUAAGACUGCUACAUACAUCGUGUAUGAAAACUGUCUGAUGGAGCUCUUUGAGGAUUGCCCGAUGUGUCACGGGGUUUCAGAUGUGCGGGCAAGAAGGGUUGGCACAUUUCUCCGUGUGGAGCAGCAGUGCCCACAGUGCGACUACUUUAGAAAGUGGAACAGUCAGCCUGUUCUUGGAAGCACUCCUGUGGGGAACCUCCAGCUUUCUGUUGCACUGUAUGCCAAUGGUGCCUCUUUCUUCAAACUUGAAAAGAUAUUCCGGUCAAUGCAACUGAAAAUGUACAACUAUGACACCUUUCGGAGACAUGCCAGGAGGUACAUAGAGCCCGCAAUUGUACAUAGUUGGAAGACCGCACAGGAUGCCAUGUUGCAACAGCUCAGUCAACAGCCGAAUGUCGUCCUAGGAGGUGAUAUGAGAGGUCAUUGUGCCAAAUUUGGUAGUUACACGGUCAUGGACAUAAGGACCAGCUCUAUUAUUGAUCUGCAGCUAGUUCAGAGCAAUGAAGUCGGAGGGAGCAAUAAUAUGGAGAAAGAGGGACUGAAGAGAAGCCUCGAGCUCUUGAGGGCACGCAGCGUGACGUGCGAUAGUAUAAUCACAGACCGCCAUCCUCAAAUACAGAAGUUUCUGCGGGAUGCAAACAUCACACACUAUUACGAUGUCUGGCACAUAGAAAAAGGAAUAUCCAAGAAAAUUUGUAAGAUAGCUCAGCGUAAGUCAUGCAAGAACCUGCAGAAGUGGCAACGGAGUAUUAAAAACCACAUUUAUUGGACUGCAGCCUCUUCUUCAUCAGGGCGAGAGAGAGUGGCAAAGUGGACUUCCAUUCUCAAUCAUGUACAGGACAUACACACACAUGAAGAUCCAGGUUUUCCACGGUGUUUGCAUCGGCAACACGCAUCUAGGGACAAGAGCAAGUGGUUGAGAGCUGCAACACCUUCCUUAUGUAGACUCGAGAAUAUCCUUACUAACAAGAGGAUUCUAAAGGAUGUUGAGAAGCUGAGCCCUCACACUCAGACUUCAGCGUUGGAGGCAUUUCACAGUGUAAUUCUGCAUUUCGUGCCCAGGAAUGUAGCAUUUCCAUUUCUUGGAAUGCUAUGCAGACUCUAUCUGGCAGCCCUGCAUUUUAACGAAAAUGCUCGCCGGCCCCAAGCCACCACAACAGCUGGCAAGCCACUGUUCAAAGUCUCUUUCCCGAAAUACAGGAAAGGAGAAUGUACUGUGAAGCCGGUCAAAGUAAACCCAACCUUCCAUUAUGUGGACGACCUGAUGGACCUUGUCUUUGACAAAGUUGCCCUGGACCCGACCCCAUAUGUGGAAGAGGUGUUGAAGAUCCCCAUACCCGAGGAUCUCACUGCCCAGUUUGCGAAACCAGACAAGCUGGAAAUUAUAGAGCGAUAUGUGUCAAGGUUCAAUCAAAGGCAGGUCUGAACCCCACAUAUCAACCAUGAGCAUCAGGGAACUCUCCACCCAGAUGCGCCGGCCCAGAAAACCCCAUCACCAGCAGACCAAGCUUCUGUACGCCAAAUACCUGUACCGGCUGAAACAAUAAAUAAAUCUAUAUUUUGAAAAAGAA